AUAAAAAAAUGGGAAUUGAGGGGUAUGCAUGUAAAUCUUGUCACUAUAAAAUGAAUUUUAAUCUGCUUCUAAACUUUAGAAGUUCACAUUCUCCAUACCUUACUCUGCAACUACUGCCAUGAGCUCAUCCUCAAAGUCUUCUACUUUCUUCUGCUGUUUGAUUCAAGCAUAUUUCUUAUGCUCAGAGCUUGUUCAUGGCUGUUCAGAAGCUGAAAGACGGGCCCUUCUUCAGUUCAGAACUGGCCUCGUUGAUUCCGAAAGCCGGCUUUCAUCGUGGCGAGGAAGACAAUGCUGUUCAUGGAGAGGGGUGAGGUGUGAUAACCAUACUGGUUCAGUUACUUCGAUAAAUCUUCGCAAUCCAUAUCCAGAUACUACAAGUUCUGGGAAUUCUGAAUCUCAUGGAUUCUGGAACUUGAGUGGAGAAAUAGAUUCUUCUUUGCUCCAGCUGAACUCACUUGAACAAUUAGAUUUGAGCUACAACACAUUUGAAGGCAUUCCAAUACCUCAUUUCUUCGGUUUUCUGAAAAAGUUGAGAUAUCUGAACCUGUCGAAUGCCGGAUUUUCCGGCACUGUGCCGAGUCAGUUGGGGAAUUUGUCCAGUUUGCAGUAUCUUGAUCUUUCUUCGAGUUUCUCUCUAUUAGUGGUUGAUUUUGAGUGGAUAUCCCGCCUUUAUUCGUUGAAAUUCCUCUCGAUGAACUCAGUUGAUCUUUCGAUGGCUGGACCGGGAUUGUUUGUGGUGCUGAACAGGCUCUCCACCUUGAGAGAAUUGCAUUUAUCAAGCUGCGCGGUUAGUGGAAUUGUUCAGAAUCUUCCCAUGAACAAUCUCACUUCGCUUCGAUUCAUGGAUCUCUCCUCUAACAGCUUCAAUGAUGUGAUCCCCAGCUGGUUUGCUAACUUCAGUAGCCUGGUUCAUUUAGACUUGAGCGGUGCAGGUUUUUACGGUCAGAUCCCCGAGAUCUCGAAGAUUUCUAGUUUGAAACAUGUUGAUCUAUCCAUGAACGAUAAUCUCACGGCCAACAUUUCCGAGCUUCUUGGAGGAAACUGGAGGCAAAUAGAGACUAUUCGAUUGGCAACGAAUAAAGUGGAAGGAUUUCUUCCUGAUUCUAUUGGGAACCUCACUUCACUUGUAGAGCUUAACCUCUUUGAUAAUAAGAUUGCAGGUGGGAUCCCGAGCUCCAUCGGUAAGAUUUGUAAUUUGGAAAUUUUGAAUUUGGAUGGUAAUAACCUGACUCAUGAUCUUCCCAAGUCCAUGGAAGUGGAAGGAUGUUUAUCAGAUAGACCCCUGCAAAAACUAUAUUAUUUCAGUACGAGUGUCAAUGGAAUUGGAGGUAUUUUACCAGAAUGGUUGGGUGAGCUCCAGAAUCUCAGGAUCCUGAAUCUUGCUUAUAACAUUAUUACAGGUCCCAUUCCGCAAAAUCUAGGAAACUUGUCACAUCUCAUUCAACUCAGCCUCGACGGAAAUCAACUUAACAGCAGUCUUCCAUCAACUCUGGGAAAUCUUUCGAAACUCGAAGUCUUUGGUGUAUCAUCCAACCGAUUAACCGGAACUGUGAAUGAGGAGCACUUCUCGAAGCUGAGCAGGUUGAAAAUCUUAUUGAUGUCUUCAAACCCCUUGACCGUUAAGUUUAUCUCGAGCUGGGUACCUCCAUUUCAGAUUCGAAAUCUUGCAAUGGGUUCGUGUCGGUUGGGUUUUCCGUUUCCUUCCUGGAUUGAAACCCAGAGAGAGCUUCAAUACCUUGAUAUCUCCAAUAGUUCAAUUUCUGGCAAGAUACCAGUAUGGUUUUGGGAUCUUUCUUCCAAUCUAUCUCUUUUAAAUAUUUCCUUCAAUAAGUUAGAAGGCCAGAUACCAAAUCCUAUGAAAAUUGCUCCUUUUGCUGAUGUGGAUUUGAGAAAUAAUAUUUUCAGUGGGUCGAUUCCAAUGCCAUCGACUCAGGUAGAGCUGCUCGACCUCUCCCACAAUCAAUUUUCUGGUACCAUUCCUUCCAACUUUGGUAAAUUGCAGCCUUACAUAAUCCACCUCUCUCUCUCCCACAACAAUUUAUCUGGAACAAUUCCUUCUUCAAUUGGAAAUCUUCAGGAGGUUCAAAUCAUAAAUCUUUCAAACAAUUAUCUAACCGGUCCAAUCCCUUCAAGCUUGAAGAACUGCUCUUACCUCAAAGCUCUGGUUCUGGAACACAACAGCCUCUCAGGACAAAUUCCUCAUUCUCUUGGGAAUCUUCUACAGCUGCAGACUCUGCAUCUCAGCAACAAUGGCCUAUUAGGUUUGAUCCCUCGAUCCCUGCAGAACUGCACGAACCUGGAGACUCUCGAUCUCGGAAACAACAAUCUCAACGGUUCGAUCCCAGCUUGGUUAGGUGAGAGACUCCUCAAGCUUCUCAUCCUUCGAUUGAGAUCGAACAGGCUCACAGGCGAAAUAUCAUCUCAGCUUUCCAAUCUCAAAUCCUUGCAAGUGCUUGAUCUCGCCAACAACCUCAUUUCCGGGACAAUUCCUCAUAGUUUCGGAGCCUUCAAAGCCAUGAAUAGGCCACCAAAGGUAAAUAUUUAUCUUUUAUAUGGCCACUACAGAGGAACCUACUAUGAAGAGAGCAUAUCAAUUGAAGUAAACAACAGAGCACAAAUAUACACCAAAACGCUCUCACUUGUGACCAGUAUUGAUCUUUCAAGAAACAAGCUGUCAGGUGAAUUCCCACAAACUUUGACAGAUCUCUCGGGCUUGCAUAUUUUGGACCUUUCUGAGAACAAUCUAACAGGAAAGUCCCAGAAAACAUUGCUGGAAUGAAAAUAUUGGAAUAUUUGGAUCUUUCAAGAAAUCAUUUUUUUGGCAGGAUUCCUACCACCAUGUCAUCCCUCAUGUUUCUAAGCAACCUCA